GCCCCUUUGUAGAGGAAGUUUGGCAGCAGUCAGCAGGAGUGUUGCAGUCAUGCCUCUGCUCAUUGACAGCCGGAGGCUGGACGUCAGCCUGCCCGCCGCCCAGAUACUACAGACGUGCCCUGAGCUUGAGGAACGAGCAAGAAACUUAAAAAGCCAACCCACCCAGAUCGUCGGGCCCCAUGGGUUUUUGUAUGUGCAGCAACGAGAACUGGCAGCAACCACGCCACACGACCGUUCAAUUUCCAUUCUCGGGUCAGAAGAUGCAACUACUUGUCACAUCAUUGUCCUUAGACACACAGGAAGUGGGGCCACCUGUUUAGCACACUGCGAUGGAUCGGACUCUGAAAACGAGGUGGCAGCCAUUAUCCAAGCUGUAAAGUCACUAACAAAGACCACUGAAGGAAGGCUAGAACUGCACAUGGUUGGAGGGUUCAAUGAUCAGCGCCAAUUGUCACUGAAACUGUCCCGUCAGCUUCUUAAAGUGUUUCAUCAGCAAGCAGAGGAUGUACAUCUAGUCACACUUUGUGUCACAGAUAUAAAUGACAAGAAAGAGAAUGGUAUUCACCUUCCAGUUAUUUAUGGAAUAGCAGUAAAUGUUAAGACGGGAGAAAUUUUCAAAGCAAAAUUUCAGGACCGGCAGCCCGAUGAGGAUUUGCGCUCUGCAUACAUUAUGACUGGAGGACAUAUGGUAAAUGUUUAUGAUGCAGAAACGGAGCAGCUAAACAUUGGGCCAUAUUCCUGGCUACCUUUCCCAAACAUUGAAUUUUGGCUGAGUCAGGAGGACAAGCAGAUACUGGACUGCUUUUCCACUUCUCCACAGGCAGAACCUCCCUAUUUUGUCCAGCAUAUGAAAUCUUCACUCCAGUAUCUGAAGAACAAUCCACAUCCUCAAGUAUCUGUAUUUCCUAAUAAAACCCCCCGCUCCUAUAAGAAAAAAGCAGAUGGGCAAUGGGAAAGGAUCCAAAACUGAUAACUGUUUCACAGGAUUCGAGAUAGGGUUUUUUUUUUUUUUUCAUUCUGGAAACUGUGCCAUUCUUUUCCAUGGGCUGUCUUUGGUAUUGGAGCUCAGAUCAGAAAGAAAGAAAAAGCAGACCCUUCUAAUCUUCUACCACCCCUUUCUUUCCUAUGUAUCAGUAGCUCCUUUCUGAUCCCUAUGGACCAUGGUCUUUUAUGUCUAUGCAAUUUCAUUAUUUCCAGUGCAAGAAAGAAACAAAUGACCAAAACGGCUUGAUAACUGUAUACUUUUUAUAUUUCAUUUGAUUUGCAGAACUUACUAGAACUUGUUUAUUAAUGUGGAGGUAUACAAUUUUAAGACUGUCCAAAACAUAUUCAUUUUAAAGAGCAUCUGUCAGCAGAUUUGUUCCUAUUAAACUGGCUGACCUGUUGAAGUCACCUGUGUUGGUCCCAUGUUCAUAUAUCCACAUUGCUGAGCAAAAUGAUGUUUAAUUUUAUGGAAAUGAGCCUCUAGGAGCAACUGGGGGAGGGGUGCAGUUACAACUAGAGGCUCAGCUCUCUCUGCAACUACUGCGCCUCCUGCACUUUGCCAGAACCAGGUGCUAUGACGUUUACACUGCCUGGCCCUGGCAAUCAAAGUGCAGAGGGCGCAGCAGUUGCAGAGAGAGCAGAGCCUCUAGGUGUAAUGACAACACCCCCAUUGCUCCUACAGGCUCAUUUGCAUAUAUUAAAACUUAUUUUUUUCCAGCAAUGCGGUCAUAUAUGAACAUGGGACCAACACAGAUGCCUUCAGCUGCCAACUGCACAUGCAAUAGGUCAGGGGUUGUUGGAAUCGAAUGAAACUUUCUAUUUAUGAAUGUAAUGAUGAUAUAUGGAAGUGGUCACAAUCUUAUGGGGAAAGGAUACAUUUAUUUGGAAAACUGUAUAAUUGAAAGGAGGCUCUUAGGACCCUGUUGGCCACCUCUGGUCUGGCUACAAAAUGAGAUAUGGUUGGACAUGGACGUAUACAGGUUCUGUAUGGUAUCCUGCAGAACAUUUGCCCACAGAUGUUGUAGCUGGACCUGUAGAUCCUGCACACUGGUAGGUUACCAAAGCUGGCGUCCCAACUGCUUCCAUAAAUGCUUGACUGGCGAUAAAUCUGCAGACCAGACCGGCCAAGAAAGUGUUGCAAUCUGUGAGAGACAUUGCUGGGAGACCUUUGGUGUGUGUGCGAGCAUUAUCCUGAUGAAAAAUGCCCUGCCAUGGAAUUUCUGGAUGGGUGUUAUUUUUUUACAAUGAGUGUAUAAUCUGAAGUUCAAUAGCUGUGUAAAUACAUUCAGUUACCAUAGUUCCUGUAUUAUACGCUAGAGCUGCAUUCAAAGUUCUGUGGUCUUACUUAUAGUCCGUGGUAGCAGAAUCCAUAACAGAAUUCUUAGACAACCCAAACCUUGUAUGCCGAACUUGAAAACACAAAUUCGCUCAACCAGUUGGGG